AUGCAGGUAAUUCAUUUCGUCGUUGUUUUUCUUACUAUUUCAUUAACAAAAACUCAAUCGCCCGAUGUUCUUUACGAUGAACUAUUUAGUACUGUUCAAACUCAACGUGUAUUUUCCGAUUCGAAGACAUUCUGCGAUGUUGUUCCUCGAGCACUGACUCCCAACGAAAUUCUUGAUUUAUAUCGUCAACAAUUCAAUGAACCAAAGUUCAAUUUAACAUCUUUUGUUUACGAACAUUUCAUUUUACCAAAUACAACAACAAUUGUUCAUGAUAAAUGGACAAUUGAACAGCACUGCCAUAAAUUAUGGUCAUUGUUGACCCGAACAACGAAAGAAGAGAAAUUUUCUUCAUUCAUCGAUGUUCCACAUCCAUUUGUCGUACCUGGCGGACGUUUUCGCGAAUUCUACUAUUGGGACACAUACUUCACAAUGUUGGGUUUAGUUCGAUCGAAUGAAAUUGACUCGAUCAACAAUAUGUUAGAUAAUUUUGCUUUUCUUAUUAAUCGAAUUGGUUUAAUUCCAAAUGGAAAUCGUUACUAUUACCAAGGACGAUCUCAACCACCAUUUUUUUCUUUAAUGACAGAGCUAGCAAACCAGACAUCAAAAUACAAGAAUGAAUUAGAACGUGAAUAUGCAUUCUGGAUGACAAAACGAAACAUAACGCUCGACGAUGGAGCAGUUCUGAAUCGUUACUAUGAUGACGAAAAUGGUCCACGACCGGAAGCGUAUUUUGAAGAUCAAGAAACCGCACAUAAAGCUGGCAGUACAGAUGUUUACGUACAUUUACGAGCAGGUGCCGAAUCCGGUUGGGAUUUUAGUUCACGUUGGAUGGAUGAUGAGAACAAUCUUUCGACAAUCAAAACGGCAAACAUUCUUCCCAUAGAUUUAAAUUGUUUGUUAUAUCAUUUAGAAAUAACAUUAGGUAAACAAGCUGAAGCUGAAAGACGUCGUCAGGCUAUACAUAAAUAUAUGUGGUCGUCGGAGUUACAAUUUUUUACUGAUUAUAACUAUGUGUUGAAGAAACCAACAAAUCGAUUGACAUUAGCAGCCCUAUUUCCUCUAUGGCUUGAUAUUUCAACCAAAGAGCAAGGGGAAUUCGUUGCCCGAAAAGUUGAAAGUUCGUUUUUACAUGAUGGCGGAGUCGUGACAACACUAUCGAAUAGCAGUACUCAACAGUGGGAUAGUCCGAACGGAUGGGCACCAUUACAGUUUGUAACCUAUCGAGCGAUAUUGAAAGUUUCUGGUUACGAAACAUUAGCGCGAACUAUUCGACAUCGUUGGAUGACUUUAAAUGAACGUGUUUUUAGUGAAACAGGCAAAAUGAUGGAAAAAUACGAUGUUGUAAAUACGCAUAAGCCAGGCGGUGGUGGUGAAUAUGAGAAUCAAGAUGGUUUUGGAUGGACAAAUGGUGUUUACUUGGAAAUGCUCCACGAUCAACAAAUGGUAUCAAGUUCAAUUCGAUAUCAAACGAACAUUCUUCAACUCAUUUUUCUUCACGUGUUUGUACUUUUUUAUUUUCUAAUCUAG